AUGGGCUCAAAUCUUAUGGGAAGACUUAUCCCAUUGAAGAAGUUGGGAGGAAAAUGCUUCGAAACUUGCCAAUUCAUGGCCAUAAAAGAAGCAAAGAACUUGGAAACACUCUCAUUAAACGAGUUUAUUAGUUAUUUAUUCACUCAUGAGAUGAGAAUAAAAGAAGGGGUCGAAGAAGAAAAUGUUGAAAAGAAUAAGGUUGCUAUUGCUCUCAAAUUCACGACAAUUGAAGAGAGUGAUUCUAGUGACGAUAUGGAUGAGGAUAAAGAGAUGUCGAUGUUUGAUAGAAUAUUCAAGAGGUUUAUGAGAUCCAAUAGAGGUAGAAAGUUCCAAAAGAAAGAAAAACUCAAACUUGAAUCUUCCAAGGAGAAGGAACCAAUAAUAUGCUACGAAUGCAAGAAAUCGGGACAAAUCAAGUUCGAUUGUCCCCAAUAG